GGCCACUCUCGGUAGUAGCAGCAGGUAAAGGUGUGGCCAAUCCCCAUUUGUGGCAGUUACCUGAGAGCAACAAGAUUAAAGGACGCUGCUGGCGGCGUCGACUUUAAUCUACAGAAAAGAAGACAACGAUGGUGGAACAAACAAGACAGCCGAGACGUGUCGUCUCUCUCCAGGCUGGACCUGGUGAGGUGGACACGGGCGCCCUGUAUGACGUUAACCUCAGAAUCAGUGACCGGACUGUUCGUGCGUUCGCCCGCCAGUUGGCUGCAAUCGGAGACCAGCUGGACCGGGAGUGGACCGGCAGACGGGCCAGCAGGCUACCGACUCCUCUACACAUGCUGAGACCUGCUCAGGCGCUGACCAGGACCAUGUAUCGGGACAUCCACAGCCAGUUAUGGGGCAUCCAGGGUCUCUCUGCUGCACUGAAGGCCUGGUUUGUGAGCACCGCGGCUGGGCCGGGUGUCCUCAGAGCUGAAGCCUGGACAGCCUGGGUGUCCGGUUUCAAACCGAUAACCUGCACUGACUGGACCAGAGGAGCCCUUGUGACUGUGGCACUGGUGGCUGCAGUAACCCUCCUCGGUGCCGCGUGGAUGGAACAGAAAUCCUAAAAGGGGCCAUAAGCAGGACUCUCCAGCCAUUACAUGUUUGACAAAAAAAAAAAAAAGUUGUUUGCAAAGGAGUGAUAAUUAAUGCUUACUUGAUUUGUUUCUGCUGUUUACUUUGAAUUCUCCUUUUUUAUACUAUUUUAAUGAGUGGUAUUGAAGACUCUGAACAGCUUCCUGGGCAACAGAAGUAAAAAAAAUUUUUUAUAGCCUUAGCCAUGGAGUUGGCCAGUAUAAUGUAGCACUGACAAAGAUGUCAAAGAUGUAUCAGUGUCAAAAACACGUUUCCGUGACUGGACUGUUGCCGGACUGCAGUCAUUUUGUAUGCAGAAGAGUUUCUUACUGGUUUAAGAGCCACAGAUUGAUUUUUUUUUGUACCCUGGGUUAAUAUAAAAUGAAGGGAGCUGGACUUUCUGUUGCAGAUUUGAAACUGCUUUUCACAUAAUGCUAAUAAAAUUCAUAAUGACUAAA